UGGGCAGGUCGUCUUGUAGUAGGCUAGAUGUGCGUAAGAAAGAACAGUGUAUUCUGGCGCCGCUGCAGCAAUAGUCACAAAGGAUAGCCUCAUGCUUCAGGCUCAUUCGUGUCAAGAAAGUGCAUUUUUCAUGCCAAAACAGAUCCUACCGGCAGGAUAACAUGCAUAAAACCAAAAGAAUCAAAAUCACGGAUUUAAAUCCAAACCUGAUAUGUCCACUUUGCGUGGGGUAUUUCAUUGACGCCACUACCAUUGUGGAGUGUCUGCAUUCAUACUGCAAGAGCUGUAUUGUCUCUUUCCUGGAGAGAAACAACUACUGUCCACAGUGCGAUGGCCAGGGACAAAAGAGAGCCACACAGCUCAGUAUCAGGUCAGACCAAGCCCUCCAGGACAUAGUUUACAAGCUUGUUCCAGGACUAUUUAAAGAUGAGAUGAAAAGAAGACGAGACUUCUAUGCAGGUCACCCAGCUGCAAAUGGAUUAGACACUAGAAAUGGGGCAGUGAGGGAAAAGGAGAAGAGUAUCAUCGCAGAGGACGAGAUCAUCAGCCUCUCCAUACAGUUCCACGGGAAAAACAGCAGUGAUCUCAAAUCAUCAGAUACAAAAGACUCCGAUGGAGAAAUGACCAACAGCAAGCGUUUCCUGCGCUGCCCGGCAGCCAUGACGGUCACCCACUUAGUCAAGUUCCUGAGAAGCAAGAUGGACAUUCCCAGCACAUACAGGAUCGAAGUUUUGUACGAAGAUGAGCUCCUCAAAGACUAUUACACACUAAUGGACAUUGCCUACAUCUACACGUGGAGACAAAACGGCCCCCUCCCGCUGCAGUACCGCGUCCAGCCCACCUGCAAGCGCCGCCGGCCCUCCAGCACCACCGUCCUGUCCCCCCUCCCCCACUCGGACGGCGUCUCCGAGAGCGACUCGCUGAGCGACAAGCCGCUCAGUCCGCCGGCCACCCCGCCGGGUCAGUCGGCCCUCCCGACCCCUGCCCAGCCCGGCGCCGGCGCCGCCCACAGCAGCGCUCAGGUGCGCCCCCUAGCCAACAUGGCGGGGAACAACAACAACAACAACACAGCCGCCGCCACCACCAACAACAACAAAACCCAGAAGAACUGCAGCCACGGUCCUGUUGGAGAUGUGUAGCGCGCAACCCCCCCAAACACUCCUCAACUUCACCUCAUCCAGCUGAACUCACACCCGGUCCCUACGUUAGUGAAAAGUGGCUGAGAACUGACUGCUUUUAAAGAGGACUCAACAUGUACAAGACUGAAACAAAAGACUGCCUGCUUUAUUGACAACAAUAGCAUCGACCAGGCAUAUCCUUUUUUUUUUUGUAAACAAAUAUGUAUAUAAUUGUAUAUAUUGCUGUAUGAUACAAUGAAAUCAUAUGUAUCAAAUCUGUAUGGGUGCGGAAAAAAAAAAAGUUUGAUAUGGGCACAUGUGUUGUGGGAUUAUGAUGUCCUGUGUUGUCUGCACUCUACACACACACACAGUUAAACUGACGAACCAUCAAUCCCAAAUCUAUAGCAGACUUUGGAGUAUCUACUCAGCAUAUGCCAUUUGUUAAUAUUUUAUAUGUUGCGUUGACAAGAUGAUGUAUCCUUAUUUAUCCCAUGUCUCAGUGGUUACAAGAGCAGUCACUUGCCUUUGUUGGCGAUUGUCUUUUUUUUUUUUAAGAAAGAAAGAAAAAAACACUUUAUGAAUGCACUACAAUUAGAAUGUAAUCAUAAUGCUUCAUGCAAGAAGGCAGCUGGAAUUGUAAAAGAACUGAUGGCAUUUACAGUGUUUUUUUUUUUUUUUUCCAGUCAACGGAGGGCCGAAAGCGCUCUAUACAAUAACACAAUUUAUAAACAACUCCUACAGGACAGUAUUGAAAACCUGAGUCAUGAACAUGUUACAGAUGGCCCACAGAUUUAACAUGACCAAAAGCACUUGGCAAAGUGAAGCAUUCAAGUAAAAAAAAAAAAAACCUUCAAUAUUAUGAGAGGACUGAACUGUAAUACUGUACAAUACUAUCAAUUGUAUGUACCAAACGAGAAUUAUUCUGUAUUUAUUUUAUAGCACUGCAUGUUACAAUGUAUGUUCCUUAAGGCAGUAAAACACCUGAAUUUUG